AUGCAAGUAACAUGUUGGAGAGGAAAUGGAAUAAAAACAUAUUUUGGAGAAAUUGAAGGACAGAACAUUACAGUUUUAGAUGAAGAAAUAACCGAAUAUUUAGGAAUUCCAUAUGCACAACAACCAACUCACUUUUGGAGAUUCCAACCGCCAUAUGAAUUAGAAAAAAAUCGUUUUAAUACAACUUAUUAUGCAGUUCAUAAAGGUGAAGGAUGUCCACAACUUAUUAGAGAAAUGGGUUUUGACGGAUAUGAUGCAUCAAAUCCAAAAAAUGGAACCGAUGAAAGCUGUCUUAAUUUAAAUAUGUGGGUUCCUGUAAAUGGAGAAAACAUGCCAGUUAUAGUUUUUUUCCAUGGCGGAAGUUGGACAGUUAGAACUGGUAGUGCUGAUAAAUUUAAUGGAUCUGUUCUUGCUCUAAAAACAAAGUCAAUAGUUGUUGUACCUAACUUUAGACUUGGAUUUUUUGGUUUUGCUUAUUUAAGUGGUGAAGAUGGAAUACCUGGUAACAUGGGAUUAUUAGAUCAACAAAUGGUAUUAAAAUGGAUUAAUAGAACAAUUGACGAUUUUAAAGGUGAUAAAGAUAAAGUAACUAUUUUUGGAACAAGCUCAGGAGCGUCUUCAGUAGCAGCUCAUUUAUUUUCAAACAAUAGUAAACCACUUUUUAAAAGAGGAAUAAUGAGUUCUGGUACUAUAACACAUUUUAUGAGUACAGUUUCAACCAAAAUAGCUGAAGCAAAUACUAAAAAUGUUUCAAUAAAAGUAGGAUGCAUUAAAGAAGAUAAUGGAGCGACUUUAAACAACACAGAAAUUUUGAAUUGUUUACGUAAUAAAACUGUAGAAGAUUUGCUAAAGGCUACUAUAAAUGUUAGUGCUCCUGGUCAAAUGCCAACACCAUUUCCUUUUAUGCCUAUUGAUACUGAUACAGUUUUUUUCAAUGGAAGCAUAAAAGAUAUCUAUAAUAAUAAAUGGUUUAAUAAAGACGUUGAUUUAAUGCUUGGAAGAACAGCUGAUGAAGCAACAUUUUUUAUGGCAACUGGUUUUACAAAUAAUACUCGAUUUGGUUGUUAUUUUUAUCCACAAAAGCCUAUUGAUGAUUCUGAAAAUCAAUGUGUAAUGAAUAGCACACACUUUGAAAGUCUAGUUCGAUUUGGAGGAAAUAUAUUACAGUUUAACGAAUCAGAAACUAAUGAAUUAAUACAAGUUUAUAAUGAGUCUGCUAGCACCUAUACUAAUAGAUCUAUUAGAAUUUUAUCUGAUUUUAUUUUUGAUUGUGAACUUUCUAGAUUUGCCAUUACAUUUGCAAAUGUUUCUACUGGUAGUACUUAUUUUUAUGAAUUUAAUAGACGAUCACCAAUUAACCCUUGGCCAAAAUGGACUGGUGCAAUGCAUGGAGAUGAUUUAAUUGAUAUAUUUGGUAUUCCAUUUAGACAUCCUGAAAAAUAUAAUGAAAGCAUUUUGGAACGUGAAAAAAUUAAUUCAGAAAAUGUAAUAUGGGCAAUAGGUAAUUUUACAAAAGAUGGUAAUAUACCAAAUGGUUGGAAUAAAUUAAAUGUUACUGAACCUAAAGCUCUCGAAUUUAAUGGAGAAUUAGGACAAGAAAGUACAAGUCUACAAUAUAAAAAUGUUACACCAUCAACAUGUACUGAAUUUUAUAAGGUUUUUAUUAAAUCUAUAAUGCGGAAAGCCCUUUCAAAAAAUCAGGCUACAACACAACCAAAUGUAUCAUAG